AUGUAUCAGUGCUCGCCCCCCACCGAAGCCCCAUGCGUGGCCCCCCCGGCGCCCACCCCCCCUGUGAAGAAGGAAACGGUGUCAGAGAAGAGCGACAGCAUGAGUCAGGUCGCCCCCGCAGUCACCACCCAGCCCGACACCACCCAGCCCGACACCACCCAACCAGACACAGGACCGGUCGACCAGGUCUCCGAGGUCGUGGCUGAAAUAGAGCGUCUCCAGAAGAGAUCCGGUGGCUGUGCUCCUCCUACGCUCAGAGUGGAGGAUGUAGUCGAGGAUGAAGAGACCAUCCUGGCAAGGCUCAGUGGCGCUUAUCAAGACGGAGCGGUCGACAAGAAGACCCACCUGACGGCUGAGGACGAGGGCCGACCUGCGUCCGCCGCCAGCCUGGCCAGUGUGAUGGUCACCGAGCGGCUGUCUGAGCUGGUGCUGCUCUUCAAAGGCAGGACGGAGUUCCGCAGGGAGCGGCUGGUGGAUCCGGACGAGUCGGAUGAAGAGGACAUGCCCGUCGCCGCUCCACCUCCUCCUCCUCCUCCUCCUCCACCCCCAGAGGACGUGAAGAAGGACGCCCCCGCCGAGGGAGCAGGGGAUGGGGAGGAGGAGAAGGAGGAGCUGGAGAUAUACUAUGACUUCUUCGGGUAUCCCAUCAAGCUUCCUGCGCUGCCCAAGCUGCCCCCCAUGCCUGACUGGCUCCGCGUCGUCUUUGAGUACCGCUUCCCCUCUAGCAUCGACCCGUACACCGACUUUCUGUAUGUGAUGUGGCUGCUAUGCGUGGUCAUGGCGUGGAACUGGAACCUGUGGCUGAUCCCUGUACGCUGGGCCUUCCCAUACCAGACGCCUGAGAACGUGCACCUCUGGCUCCUCAUGGAUUACACCUGCGACCUCAUCUACAUCACCGACAUGGUCGUCUUCCAAACCAGGCUGGAGUUUGUUCGUGGUGGAGACAUUGUGUGUGAUAAAAAGGACAUGAGAGACCACUACAUGACCACAGAGAGAUUCAAGAUGGACAUGAUCUGCCUGUUUCCCAUGGAGGUGUUUUACUACUUCACUGGAGUCAACUCCCUUCUGCGGUUCCCCCGACUGCUCAAGUACAUGGUCUUCAAUGAGUUCAACGACCGCGUGGAGGCAGUGAUGAAGAAGGCCUACAUCUGGAGGGUCAUGCGCACCACGGCUUACCUACUGUACUCCCUGCACAUCAACGCAUGUCUCUUCUACUGGGGCUCCGACUAUGAGGGACUAGGGUCGACCAAAUGGGUCUACAACGGCAAAGGCAACGCGUAUAUCCGGUGCUACUACUUCGCCGUGAAGACCUUGAUCACCAUCGGAGGGCUGCCCGACCCCACCACUGUCUUCGAAAUCGUCUUCCAGCUCCUGAACUAUUUCACGGGCGUCUUUGCCUUCUCCAUCAUGAUUGGUCAGAUGAGAGACGUGGUGGGGGCGGCCACGGCGGGCGAGAACUACUACCGAGCGUGCAUGGACAGCACCGUCAAGUACAUGACCUCCUACCACAUCCCCCGGGACGUCCAGAACCGGAUCAAGACCUGGUACGACUACACCUGGAAGAUCCAGGGCAUGCUGGACGAACAAGAGUUGCUGAUCCAGCUCCCUGAUAAGAUGAGGCUGGACAUGGCCGUGGACGUCAACUACUCCAUCGUCAGUAAAGUAGCUUUGUUCCAGGGAUGCGACAGACAGAUGGUCUUUGACAUGCUGACAAGACUCAAGUCUGUUGUCUACCUCCCCGGAGACUUUGUCUGCAAAAAGGGCGAGAUCGGCAGAGAGAUGUACAUCAUCAAGCAGGGCGAGGUCCAGGUGGUGGGGGGGCCGGACCUGCAGAUCGUCUUCGUCACCAUCCGAGCCGGCUCCGUGUUCGGGGAGAUCAGCUUGCUGGCCGGAGGCGGAGGCAACAGGCGCACGGCCAACGUUAAAGCCCACGGAUUCGUCAACGUCUUUAUCCUGGAUAAGAAGGACCUGGCCGAGAUCCUCGUGCACUACCCUGAGUCCCAGAAACUGCUGAGGAAGAAGGCCAAGACGAUGCUGACCAAGGACAAGAAGACGGACGCUAAGGUGGACAAGGGGACGGUGGAGGUGAUCACGAUGCGACCGCCGACCCCCGAGCUGUUCAAGGCGGCGCUGCAGGUCACCGAGGAGGCGGGGCUUGAGGGAACCUUCGCCAAGCUGAAGAAGAGCUACAUGGCUACCGAGGGCGACGUCCCGCCUCCCUCUCCGAUGCGCCGACGCUCCCCCAUCCCGCGGGCCCCGCCCCCCGGGAACGAGGACGCGGUCUCCGAGACCACCGACGGCUCGCUGGUGAUCCGCAUGACCCCCCGGGUCGGGGGGGAGGAGCUACUCAGCGUGGAGCGGGGCCGCAAGGCCAAGGAGGAGUAG